AUAAUCGGCUGCGAACGAGAACUCCUCCUUAUCCUGAAGAACUUCGAUAAAUCCAUAUAAUCAGCCAUGUUCAUCCUCCUGAUUUCGCCCUUAACUCGGAUUGUGAAUCGGUUUGCUCGCCGAUUUUCGCAAUCGUAGGCUUCAAUUCUAUCUCUGUGUGAUUCGGUCUGUUCGAUUAUCGAGUCGACUCAGUGAGCUUGGUGUUUCCUGUGAUCGGUUGCGGUAGCUUAGUUUGAAGAUUAAGAAUGGAGCCGAUGGAUAUUGUCGGGAAGUCAAAAGAGGACGCCUCGCUUCCAAAAGCAACUAUGACAAAAAUUAUAAAGGAGAUGUUACCCCCAGAUGUUCGUGUUGCACGUGAUGCUCAAGAUCUUUUAAUUGAAUGCUGCGUAGAGUUUAUAAAUCUCAUUUCAUCAGAGUCCAACGAAGUCUGUAACAGAGAGGAAAAACGAACAAUUGCACCUGAGCAUGUACUCAAGGCUUUACAGGUUCUUGGGUUUGGGGAGUACAUUGAGGAGGUCUAUGCUGCAUAUGAGCAACAUAAGCUUGAAACUAUGCAGGACUCCUUGAGAGGUGGAAAAUGGAGUAAUGGAGCUGAAAUGACCGAGGAGGAAGCAGUGGCUGAGCAGCAGAGAAUGUUUGCAGAAGCAAGGGCAAGAAUGAAUGGGGGCACUGCUCCCCCAAAGCAACCUGAGGUUGAACCAAGUUUAGAAAGCUAACUGUAGAGUUUUCUUUUCUUCAAUAGGCAAGAAUCCUUGACUCAUCUUACAUUUGUGCUUGUAGUAUUCCUCAUGAUGUACAAAAAGCCAUUGGUGAGUCCACUCACCAAUGUGGGUAGUGGACAUGCUCCUUGAUAUGUAUUUUCUCUAUGGAUUGUUGUCUAUAAUUUAGUGUAAUUAGUGAGUUUCUCCAAAUUGAUCUUUGUCUCAGAAGCAUCAUAUAUGUAUGUACAUUCCCGGUA